AUGCCACUUUUCGACGGAGAACAGUUGGAUACUAUAGGUCGCCAUCCUGUCCUUCAUAAGUACUCUCCUGCGAAUGAUGCAUUCAAGCCACUCAUCGCCUUCAUCCCCGGCAUGGCCCACAAUGCCCGAAUCUCAUACGGCGGACACCAAAACAGUCGCAACGAGGACUUCCUCUCUUACUGGUUCAACCAUCACGGCUACGGAUUCCUGGGAAUAUCCUACCCUAUAGAUGCUGAACAGCCCAUCAUGCCAGCCACCAGCCCCGACUUCACGAUUCCCGAAUGGGGCCAACAAGCCGCUGCGAUCAUCAACAAAGUGAUCACAGAGCACAAUCUUGCUCGCAAAGUGGUGAUUCUUGCUUGGAGCAUGGCUGGCAAGAUCCUUCACCCUGUGACUGUCCAAACCCGCCGACUAGGCAUCGAGGUUGAGCUCUUUGUCUCCCUCGCUGCAACACCGGCCCUGCCCGGGAUUCAACCCGUCGUGUCUAAAGGGGACUUGGUCAAAACCCCCGCCGGGUAUGCCACGAAACCUGAGCUGGAAACACGAUUUCUAGAACAACUCUACGAGCAGAUUUAUCUCAACCGUGAUGAAUAUGGAUGGAUAGCACCCAUGUUCCACGCAGAUACUUACAAACGGGACUAUCUCGGUGCAACUCCUAUUGGCCUCACUGCAUCUGGUCUUCAUUAUGAUUCCGACACUAGUGAUUUCGUUGAAGAUGAUCAAUUGCAAUUCUUGAAAGAUGGCCAAGCGCAUGAUUUUCAAAAUUUGCCGUGGAUGGCAGCUAUUUAUCCAACCAGUCACCUUGAUUUCCGACAUGCCUUGACCGACAAAGCCACCUGGGGCUACCUUAUGGUUCAGCGAGCUACUAGCAAAUUGAUCAGUGAUGGAAUCUCGAAUGUCUGCCACAAUGGUGGACACUUGGAACUCGAGUUCUCUGAGCUGCAGAAGGCCAUUUUAAGAAUUCCUGAUCUGAUGACCAUGGACAUUCACGGUACCCAUUUCUUCUUCGUGGGGGCUGAGGGCGCCCGAAAGACUGUGGAAAGUGUGGUCAAACUCCUGGAUAAUUUGGCUUCUAUUGAUAAGAAUAUCAAUCACAAGCUCACAUUGCUCCAAGGGAGCAGAUAA